UCCCUAGACCCUGGUCUUAAGCGUUGUUUCCUAUCACCCGUCAUUAACACGUGUUUUUAGAUCCUAUUUUAUUGACCUAUUCUUUGCCAGCGUGUAGCCUAAUACGCAGCGAGCAUCUACCGAGUUGUAGCGCGUGGCGCUGUUGGUGGCUCUACUCAUCAUCACGGCAUUGAUUCUGUCAGACGCGCCGAUUUACGGGAGGCUGACAAACGCUCAAGGAGAAAACUCGGCUACAUACCAUUGCCAUAGAUUGUAGUUAUCUGACAGAUUUCACCUCGGCUGUACAUGUAAUAGACACAGAGAUCAAAAGCAACAAAUUCAAGGCUACAAAUUGACUCCAAGAGUUCCUAAUUUUGAGCCUUGAAUCGUACCGCUAGUGGUGACGGAGGCUUGACAUUCACGUCGUCUAACCCACGCCAAAUCGCAGGUCAUCUGCUCGGAGCAUUUGUGAGGGGUUCUACACAGAAUACACGAAAGUUGUUAGGUUAUAUCUCUGUGACAGAUACCCUGUCCCCUCCCUAGUCUCUCUGAGCUCUACCAAGCCCCCCUCUUCCGCCCUUAUCCCCCUCACCGGCCCCGCCCCAAUCCACACGGGCUAUGGCUAACCAGGUACCAAAGCUGAUCAGGGAAAUGGUGUUUGACUGGUGUACAUCAUGUGUGGGAGGAGCCUGGGCGAAUCUGCCAGAGGAAGACUUCCAAAUAUCACCUCUCAGUGGUGGCCUGACAAACAUGAUGUACAUUUGCACGCUACCCAGUCACUGCAAGCUUCAGGGCAGCGAGCCACGAAGGCUGCUGGUCCGUGUGUACGGAGAACUCUCGAAGUCCAUGGCCUUUGUUCUCAACAGCUCCGUCCUCUUCUCCAUCCUGGCAGAGCGCAAACUAGGACCCAAACUCUUCGGUGUCUUUCCUAGGGGCAGGGUUGAAGAGUUCCUGCCGGCCCGCCCUCUCCUGACCAAAGAGCUGGCCAAACCAGAGAUCUCGCGACAGAUUGCCAGAAAGCUGGCCAUGUUCCAUAGCCUGAGCGUGCCGCUAUGUAAACAACCCUCAUGGUUCUUCGCAAAUCUAGAGAGGUGGGUGGACCAGGCUGUGGAUAACAUGAGGUAUGACAACAAACUGGCUCUCAAUGACAGACUCCACAAGUACCUCUCCUUUGACCUGCUUAUGGAGUUUAGAGAACUGAAGCAGAGACUUUUGAAUGAGAACUCACCUGUGCUCUUCUGUCAUAAUGAUUUACAGGAAGGUAAUAUCCUGCUUGAAAAGAAGGAAGAUGACGAGGAACCUGUGUUGACCUUCAUUGACUUGGACUAUUGUAACUACAAUUACAGGGGCUUUGAUUUUGCCAAUCACAUGAUGGAGUGGUGCUAUGACUACACGGUUGAUCAACCUCCUUAUUUCAAAUACACUCCGUGUAGUUACCCCAGCCUCGAGGAGAAGUAUGUUUUCUUCUGUGAGUACAUCCAGACACGGGAUGGCAGCUCAGAGGUGAAGACGGAGGAACUGGCCCAGAUGAAUCAGGAGACGGACAUGUUCGCUCUUGCUUCCAGUUUCUGGUGGGGAACCUGGGCACUUGUCCAGGCCUGCUCCUCUGAUAUCAACUUUGAUUAUGUGGAAUACUCCAUAAGCAGAUUUGACCACUACUUCUCCUGGAAGUCAAAACUUGACAAGUGUGUCUUCAAAACUUUCAACCACUGAUCUUCACUUGACUUUGACCAGAAGGGACCCUGGUGGAUGACCAUGUGACUGUGUUUGGACCAGACUUUGACCACAAGAAAACCCUGGUGGACGACCAUCUGACCGUGUUUGCCUUCUUUACCUCCCAUUACGCUGACUACAGAUGGGUCACUAGAAAGCAGACAGUGCAUUGGAUACCUUAUGGUAUGCCAAGUCAGAUGACGGUAGACAGGACAAAGUAGUGGGUGCCUUGUAGCCUGCCAUGGAUGUGUCAAGUGAACAUUUGGGAUACAAGUAAAGGCAGCACAAGCUGGUUAAUGUAUUUUAUAUCAGUCUGUUGAAAGUGAUUUUGAGUCAGAGUAAUUGCUUGUUAUCUUACAGUAGGAUUAUGUUUGGCUGCCUGAGCCUUGAUUUGUGAUUUGGCCAACAUCAGUAGAUCAUUUCAGGUGUGUUGAGGGAUGGAUAAGUACAUGAGGCAUCGUAUCGCUUCCUACUUCUCUCACUACAUGUACAAGGGGAGGCUACUUGUGCUGCAUCAGGCCAUGUGCUGUAUCUGGCCUUGUGCUGUAUCAGGCCUUAUGAUACAGGUAACACUGCACUGUUUUGUUGGUUAACAUUUCAUGUACAUAUCAUUAUGUACCUAUUAUGGCAUAUUGGUUGAGGAUGGAUAAGUCUUGUUGGGUGGUUGGUAUAUAUUUUAAAGUAUCCUGCUCUGUGUAUUAGCAUCAUUUGAACAAUUGUGUUGAUGUUGUUAUAGGCGUUAUUACAUGUAGUACUAUUUACAUGUAGCCAUCAGGUCACCGUCUUAUAAAGAAACCUUUUAACAGGAUUGGUCAGCUUUCUCUAUAGGGUAUAUCCUAACAAAUGCUUUAUUGAUGCACUAGAAUAACUGUAACUGUGCUGUCCAAUGUGUGUGUUACUCUGGGAGAGAAGUGUACAUCUGUGUCUCCCCAGAUGGUUUGAUUUGUUCAGUGUGUGUGUUACUCUGGCAGAAGUGUAGAUCUGUGUCUCCACAGAUGGUUAUUGUCCAUUGUGUGCUACUCUAGGAGGGAAGUGUUACUCUUGGAGAUCCAUGUACAUGUAUCUACAUACAUUGUACAUGUAAGUCCAACUUCAGCAUAAUCUGUCACCUUUAGCUGGUGGCGGCCUGGAAACUGUGAUGUAUAAAUAUUACAAGAUGAUAUGCAUAUGCUGUUUUGGGGCACAUAAAGUGUUGCUUGUUAGUGAAGUGUUUUCAUUUUUCUCGGUUGUAUAUUUGUAUGUACAUGUAUAUGGAUAUAUUUAUGUAUAUAUUUCUGUUAAGAAAUUAGGUGUAUAUUUUUGAUACCUGAGGAAGUGUAUCAUAGAAUAACUUUGCUGUGGCAUGAAUCAUGAUGUGAUCUCUGUUACCAUGUGCCCAUGAUAUCUGAGUCCUGAAUCAUGAUCUCUGUCACCAUGUGCCCGUGAUUCCAAGUCUUAAAUCAUGAAUGCCCUGUCACCAUGUGCCCAUGAUAUCUGAGUUCUGAAUCAUGAUCCCUGUCAUCAUGUGCCCGUGAUUCCAAGUCCUGAAUCAUGAAUGCCCUGUCACCAUGUGCCCAUGAUAUCUGAGUCCUGAAUCAUGAUCCCUGUCAUCAUGUGCCCGUGAUUCCAAGUCCUGAAUCAUGAAUGCCCUGUCACCAUGUGCCCAUGAUAUCUGAGUCCUGAAUCAUGAUCUCUGUUAGCAUGUGCCCGUGAUUCCAAGUCCUGAAUCAUGAAUGCCCUGUCACCAUGUGCCCGUGAUAUCUGAGUCCUGAAUCAUGAUCCCUGUCAUCAUGUGCCCGUGAUUCCAAGUCCUGAAUCAUGAAUGCCCUGUCACCAUGUGCCCAUGAUAUCUGAGUCCUGAAUCAUGAUCCCUGUCAUCAUGUGCCCGUGAUUCCAAGUCCUGAAUCAUGAAUGCCCUGUUACCAUGUGCCCAUGAUAUCUGAGUUCUGAAUCAUGAUCCCUGUCAUCAUGUGCCCGUGAUUCCAAGUCCUGAAUCAUGAAUGCCCUGUCACCUUGUGCCCAUGAUAUCUGAGUCCUGAAUCAUGAUCUCUGUUAGCAUGUGCCCGUGAUUCCAAGUCCUGAAUCAUGAAUGCCCUGUCACCAUGUGCCCAUGAUAUCCGAGUCCUGAAUCAUUAUCUCUGUUAGCAUGUGCCCGUGAUUCCAAGUCCUGAAUCAUGAAUGCCCUGUCACCAUGUGCCCGUGAUAUCUGAGUCCUGAAUCAUGAUCCCUGUCACCAUGUGCCCGUGAUUCCAAGUCUUAAAUCAUGAAUGCCCUGUCACCAUGUGCCCAUGAUAUCUGAGUCCUGAAUCAUUAUCUCUGUUAGCAUGUGCCCGUGAUUCCAAGUCCUGAAUCAUGAAUGCCCUGUCACCAUGUGCCCAUGAUAUCCGAGUCCUGAAUCAUGAAUGUCCUGUUACUGGUUACUGGUGAUCUCAGACAAUGAAACCUGAUGUAGUCUCUGUUAUUAUGUACUGGUGAUCUCAGGACCUGAAUCAUGAUGUACUCCCUGUUUGCCAUUUACUGGUGGUCUCAGGCCCUAAAUCAGGAUGUAAUUCCUAUUUAUGAUGUACCAGUGAUAUUUGGCCCUAAAUCAUUGUGUGUGUUCAGUUACCAUGUUCUGGUGAUAUCAGAUCCUGAAUCAUGAUGUGAUCCCUGUUACCAUGUGCCCAAGAUACGUGAUCCUGAAUCAUGAAUGCUCUGUUACCAUGUAUGACUGAUCUGUUCAGCAUGAGCUGGUUGUAUGACAUGCUUAUACAUGAUAUUUAAAGUUAUUCAGCCAUGGUGAAUACCGUAUCAUUUAUGGGGAUUCCAAGGCCUCGACAUAAUUUCUGCUUAUAUCUCACCUUUAAGAUACAUUGUACUCAAUUUACAUAAUUUGUACCUGUGAUUAUUUAUUAAAUGUUGAUAUAUAUGACGGAAGUAUGUAUCAAAUUUGUCAUUGUAUGAGGUCUCAAGUGUGUAUCAGUGUGAAUUAUCUCUUUGGUAGGCCUACAUGUACAUCACUGUGUGUUAUCAGCUAUGCAUGUUUUUGGGCCUUUAUACCUGCUAUGCAGUUUGCGUUCGUUGUCACUUUCAUCAAUUUGCGAUCACAAUUAUAUGUAUUAGAGUUUACAUUAUCCUUUGAAUAUUCAACUAUAUAUAUUUUUGAUAUAUCCAUAAAUGUGUGCAGGCAAGCCGUGUUGUAUCGCUCUGUGAGUACAGGUGGUUUGUGUUUGUCAUCGCGUUCAUUGCUUUCCUUUACUCUUGUACAGCCUAAUUUGUUGACCUUUGUCUUAUAAUAUGGUAUAGAACAACCCAGAUUAUGGCCACAUUUUUGCCCAGGUUGUGUCUAUAACUUGGCAAAGUGUGCUUUGUUACCUGAUGUUGGGACGGUAGUUAUUUGUCAGUUGUGAAACACAUGGGUUAUGGUUGAUGCACGGUCACAACUGUCUCCUGCAUUUUGUUUGGAGGUUUACAUUGAUUUUACCCUUCCAUCAGUCUUUAAGUACUACUCUUCCUAUCUACCCAGGAACUUAAUGAUAGUGGAGGCAUGAUGUCAUUGGUGCUGAUUAUGGGAUUUUAUGAUUAAUAUGAAGAGAACAAAAUAAAACAUGUCACUCAGA